CGAAGAGGCAAACUCUGGAGGCAAGAAGUUUCCGAGCAUGAUCAUCGCCCUGACGGACGGGACCCUGAUGCCGGAGCCCUACGAGGAGACCAAGAUAGAGGCCGAGAAUUCCCGGCAACUCGGGGGCAACGAUUUACUCCAUCGGUGUAAUGGACUAUCGCAGGGACCAGCUGCUGAGCAUCGCGGACAGCCCGGAUCACGUGUUCGGGGUGGACAACGGCUUCAAGGGGCUACAAGACAUCGUGGAGCCCCUCACAGCUAAGUCUUGUAUUGAAAUCACAAAUUUGGAGCCUUCCACUUUCUGUGCCGGACAAAACUAUGAACUGAUGGUUUCUGGAAGAGGCUUUAAUAAUGCAAGGAACCCGGAGGAAGUUAUUUGUAGAUUCAUUUUCACGGAUAAGAAAUUCUAUGAUAAAAAAGCGACCACUAUGGAUGACACCACCGUGAUGUGCCCAGGAGUAACAAUAGACAAUCCAGAUGAGGUGGUCUUCGUUGAAGUUAGCCUGAAUAACGGCAUCAACUUCAUCAAGAGCAAUGCUAACAUCACCAGCAAGAACUGUGUGACUGCCAGGGAUGUGCCGGUGGAAGUGCCAACUGGUAUUCCUCCAAUACCAACUCCGCACAUCGAUCUUCCCACUACGCCUGCCACCUCAAAUAUGCCAAAUGUCAAUCCUCUGUGCCUGGCUCUGCUCCUGCUGGCCCUGCUUUUACUGCCAUUCCUUAUCUGGUGCUGCUGGCGACAUUGCUGCAAAAAGCCUUGCAAGGAGCUACCAGCAGUGCAGAUAAUACAAAGGGAGCCCAUGGGCAGAUGUGUACAACCACCUUGCCCCACAUUUAUUGUCCCUUGUGCUUGCCAAGGAGGUGGGAUGAGACGGAUAGAGGGCAAACUGGACACCUUGUGUGACUUUGUUCAGUGCUGCAAUCAGAUGCCGUUGCUGUGGUGUCAGCCCAGGAGCAAGCGCCGGUGCUUCAACUUCAGCCUCCAGCCCUGCAGGCGCCUGCCCUGUGGCCCCAGGAUCUGCCUCCCGGCCCCCCAGGAGUGCUUCCCCCUCAGCAGCUGCUGCUCUCGGUACCAGCCCACCCCCCGCAUCUGCUCCCGGCUGCCCUCCAGGAUGCUGCCCCCGCCCCGCGCCCUCUGCGGAACCGCUCUGUCACUCCCGCCCCCGUAGCCCAGCCUCCGACACACCAAACCCCCAAGAUUAUUAAGAGCCCUUUGUGCACUAAAUUAGACACCUGUAUUGAGUCUUGGUUUACAGUCAGCGGAGCUGGAAUUAGUUGCUGUUCCGCACAAGCCUGUUGCCUGCAGAGCAUCGCUCCGCUGUCUGUAGUGCUGCUGCGGGGACACGGCUCCCCCCGCCCCACGGCCUGUGACGCCGGGGGUGGGGGCCAGAUCCUGCUCUUCGAAAAAAAAAAAAGCCCCCAAUGUCUCUGAAAUAUGAAUAUGAUGCUGUCUCCUUCUCUAACGUUAUGCAGAGUUUGACUAGUCUCACCUCCUUCACGGCACGUUCCCAGGUAGCCGGGGUGGGUGUCCCAUGCCCUGAAUGUGCCCUAGACGGAGACCAGCACGGAAAGCUCUGCGGCUGCCAGGCGGCAACUCCUUGCAGACACCCUGAGGUGUCGCUGAGCCUGUAGAGCUGCCCCUGCCGUCCCACCAGUCCUCCUACCCCCUGUUGACAGGAGAUGAAAGUCCCUCCGCCUUCACCCUCCCAUCCUGGCUGGUCGUAGUUACGGUUCCGGGUGGAAUUCCUGGAGAUGAGUGUAGGUCACUAUGUCAGGCUGGGGUUUGUAGUCUGUAUGGGGUUGACGGUCAUUCUUUAAGAAAUAAAAGGUUUUCUGGUAA